UUUCGCUCAUUUGUCGGAACCAUUGAUAUCGGAAAAUUAUAGCAUAUGGCUGCCAUACCAGCUGGACCAUGAAGAUUCUCUCGUAUUUAAAGCUGUUUUGCUUGACAAAAUAUUUUCAUGAAAUUUGUCAUGGAUUAUUUCCUAAAUCAACGCAACAAUCUCCGAAGAAAUUGUUCAGAUUCCCCCACGAUGUGGGCUCCGGUCUCUCGUCUAAACAGCUCAACAUUGAAGUGCAGCAUAUAGCAAUCAUAACAACUAUGCCACGAAAUUUGGCACGAAUCUUCGAAGAAACUGUUCAGUUCGCACUACAUAGCUGCCAUACAGUCUGACCUAUUAAAAUCAAGUUCUUGUUUGGAAUGUUUCGUAUUUGUGAACGGUAUUAAGGCUUCGGUUCGACCGUUCUUUCUUAUUGCCAUGUCAUUUCCGUCAAUGAUAUUAAAAGUAUGUAUGUAUGUUCUAACUUGCCAAGUAUAAUAUACAUAUGUAUAUGCCCCGGCGUUUUGCCGUCAAGACCCCGCUGAGUAUACAAGUAGCUUUGCUUUUUACAUUAGAAAAUGAAAUAAAUUUUAACUCUUGAAAGUGUGUUUAUAAAUUUUAAGUUAUUCUUAUAUUCCAUAAGCAAAAUUUUAAGUGUGCCAAAAGUUCAAAAACAUUCAAAAAAAUAUUGAAAACUAAAUAGCAAACCUUUAGCGGAGCGAACGAUAAACCACAAAGCGAUCAUCGCGUAAUUUUUUUAGUUUAUGGAAAGCGGUUUCCAUUCUACACAGCAAAAGCUAGAGGAUCAGCAUUUUGAAUCCGGUGAAGGGGAAUAUUUAAGCAGCAACGCUAUCGAUCAACACACGGCACAGAAUAGUUCGCAACGUUUGAUUCCGCUGACCCCACAAGUGGUUAACGCUAUGAUGGAUUUUAACGGCUCCCAAUCAAGCACUAGCGUCUCGGAAAAAAACUUCUACAACACAUUCUCGAUAACUUGUUUGGUGCGCGAAGAAGUGCAAAACAUUUUGCAAGAACUAUGCGUUACCGAUCAGUUUAUACGCAAAGAAGAGAUAGACGCACUUAUAGAACGUUGCCUGCGUGAGAAAGUGCAAAUCGAGAGCAAAAGCCAAACGGUUAGUGCAGAAUCUUUGCCGGAAGAAAAUCAAGAAAUUGAAGUAACUGUUGAAAUGUUAAAUGAGACGGACAAGAAUAAGUUGAUCGUCGAGAAUUUCCAAAUACUCGAACAACGUAUUACCAAUUUGGAAGAACGUAUUUCUACGGUAUUGCAGACGGUGCCAAAAUUACGUCACUUACAGGCGAAGAAAUUCAAAAUCAAUACAGAAGUCAUACGUGAGGAGUUGCGCAAUGUUAUGCAAAGAAUGGUCAUCGAUGAUGCUACAAAGCCAGUAACAAACAACGAAGCAAAGACCACGUCGGAGAGUGAUGUCAAUGAAAAGAGCACUUUAGAAACGAUAAGUAAUGACAAAACCACCGAAACGGUAAACAAAGUGAAUCCCUACGAUGACAUGUACUACGCUGAGCGUCAAAAUGUUAUGAAUAUAUUGAAUUACAAAAAAUCCAAAGCCACUAUGGAACUCAAUCGCAGGCCAUAUUUAAGUCCACAUAUAAAACCGAUCGUCCGCGAAUUGGAGAAUAUCAAAUUUAAACCCAAACAAAAGGCAGCAUUUAUCACAGAGUAAAAUCGCUAUAUACUUACAUAUGUAUGUAGAUGAGUGAGGUUUCGGUGAUGCAUUUCAUAAAUCAAAUCAAGCUGAAU